GGUUCAGUUAAAACUAACCAGAAUGUAUUUUCAUUUACAAGCUUAUUUCAAUAUAAACGCAUCGACUUAUUUGAUAACUUAAAAUGACGUGCUGGCAUUUGAACAUGAAUAUGAAUCCAUCGUAUAGGAAAAUGGAAAGUUGUUUACCACCCAAGCCAUCGCAACUGCCCGAAGUCGACGAAACUCCCGUAAAACCUUCAUUGAAGUUGGAUGCCGCCUUUCUGGGAGAUAUUCCAGGACAGUACACUAUUUGUGCUGUCGAACCCCAUCAACUGCCGGUUGUUGGGGUUUACAUUGACCCAAGAGUGGUCCCCGGUUUUAAAUACCGCAUCAGACCUCUUCCAGAGGUUGGCCGUCCUUCUACCAUUAAUAAAUGCCUGUUUGAUAACAAGGCUUUGACUUUGCAGUCAAUUGGUAGAGGAUAUGCUAGACGCUUUACUUUUGAAGCUGAUCAGAAUCGAUUGAACAAUAAUGAAAACUAUUUCUGGAGUGACAACAGACCCGAGGGUUACGCUUUUGAGCUGGAGUUGCUGUCUGAAGGAGAUAAAUUCACGUUCUUCAACCCCAACGGCGAAGCUGAAGGAAUCGUAGAAGUACUUACUAUCGAGGUGAGCCCCUUAUCCUUUAUAAUACUUAUUACGAUUAUUUUUUUCGAUAUCCUGUUAUGCAUAAAUCCGGAAAGAUUUUUAUCAGAACCAUGGACUAGAAGGAGAAGAGCGGUUCCGUGAUAAACGACCUCCCAUUGCACGCCAAACGGUGCUUCGUAAGUCUUUAUAAAAAAACAUUUUUUAUAGUUAGUUUUACCUUUACUUAUUAUACUCACUCUUUCAGGCCCCUCAAAUUGAAAUUUUUAGCUCUUUAUCAAAAGGUGUAAUUGAAAAGAAAGCCACGGUCACAUUUACAGGUAAAGUUGAAUAUUAUGAGACUGGUGUGGCUAAGCCUAUGAAUCUUACUGGCACUGUGUUGUCACGUAAAAUAAAAGGCAAAUCUUCCGCCGAGAUCGUUAAAAUCACCAAAGUUAGUAUCAAUAGGCACAGGUGUUACCUGUUACCUGGCAUGCAGAAGAUUCAUAGAAGAUUUACUGUUAGAGGACAAGAUAUUAACGAUGUUCCUACAAAAUAUACUAUGACUGGAUUGGAAUCUUUUGAAAUUCCCGUUGUAGGUACUUACGUUGAUCCAAGAAUCAUCCCUGGCUUCUGCUACAAAGUCAGACCAAACGACAGGAAAGAUCAUCUGUUUGGAGGAAGAGCCUUAAAACUGCUUAGUAUUGGUAUGGGAUAUGCCAAGAGACUCACUUUCCAACCAGAUUCUCUAGUCGAGCCAGAUAACUAUCUAUGGUCUGAUAACCAUCCCGACGGUCUAGGUUUAGAACCAAGAGCAGUACACAAGGGUAUGGAAUUUAUUGUCAAAGCUGGUGAUAUUGUACUAGGCGAAGCUCAAGUGUUUAGAGAUGAUCUUCCUCAAUUUGAGCAACAUAUGGAAAGGGUAAUUAUUUUGCAGUAUAAUAUUUUUUAGAAAAUUCGGUCAAUAUAAUAAAGAAACGCAAGCUGGAAUACUUCUGAAAAAUAUGAUCUUUUACAUCUGAUCAUUCAGGGAAAGAUCCAAGGUAAUCGUGGUCCUGGUAGAAGAAGAACAUCAUGGCUGAAAAAUCUAAGGCAAUGGUAUGGAAAAUCAACUACAUCGUUAUUUAGAGCUGCUGUCAAUAAAGUCACGAUAGCGAAUAUGGUAGCCAACAUGAUAUCCAACGAUCGAUAACGGUCAUGGAACUAGAAGAAGAAGAAAAUUCGAUUUAAUGUUGUUUUACUGUAAACAGUUUGAUAUUUCAUUGUCAUCACUUAAAGAAAGAUCGUUCGAUAACUACGUGGCCUAAAAUAGAUGGUGCAAAUUCGGAAAAAUAUUUACCACUUAUAUAAAAUCAACUGUUGAUUGUCAAUUAUUCAAAAUAGAGUUCAAAAGAUGAACUAUAGUGGCUGUUAAGCAGUAGUAUUUGAGUCAGCAAGGGAUCAAAUAGCAGUGAUCACAUAUUUGUAACUAAAGAAUUGGACAUAUUGGACAAUAAAUACUUGGCGCCAUUGGGUGUCGCAGUUUUAGCGACACCUUCGCGUACCAUCAGGCCUUUACAGUUCUUUCACGAUUUCCCUCCAUCCUGCCCUGUCCUGGGCUAGUUGUUUGGCUUCGUGUAACCCUUGGUUAAUCAAUAUUUUUUUAUCUACCCAACGACUUGGAGAUCUUCCCCUAGGUCUCUUUCCUUCAACUCUACCCUCGACUAUCAGUUUUUCACUGCAUCUGUUCUUCUAGCAAUGUGUCCAAAAUACUGCAAAUGUCUCUAUUGUAUUUGUUUAAGCAAUCUAUCAUUUACAAGUUAUUCUAAUAUCGAUACGUUAGUGCCAUGAUCAAUCCAGGAUAUUCUUAACAUGCGGUGGUAUACCCACAUUUCAAAAGCGUCUAUACUUCAUCUAAUUUAGAUAACGACUUACGUCAUUAUCUACGUCAGAGAUCGAAGUUGACAUAGUUGCCAAAGUAUAAAAAAAUCCUGACUCCAUUUUAAAUCAAAUAGAUUACAUAAUUAUUGCAAAAGUAUUACCAUCUCUUUACAACGACUAUUUAAAUUCUUACGUGACAUUUUUGAAAUAAAACACUAAUUUUGUUCUAAAAAGAACAGAUUUUAUUAAAUAGUUAAAAAUAUAAAACAAGAGAUAUUCACUUUAAAAUUCAAAAUAAUGAAGUACAAAAAGUGUCAACACCGCAACUGUCAAAUAAGUGUUACCAAUUUAUGCCAAAAUUUUAGCUUUGUUCGAUUACAGUUACAGUGUGUUCCGAACAAAUAUGUUCUUAAUAAAAACGCUUUAUAAUGCAUUUAUACAAAUUAAAUGAAACAUAUUAUUGUGUAUUUCUUUAAGUUAACAUUAAUAGAAAUUUUUAAAUAUUAUUUCUACGCGUAUAUAAUAAAAUAUGUCUAUUCUUUGUUUCAAGUUAAGAAAAUAACAUUACGCUUAUGGAGAUCAGUGUUGCCAAAACUCUCAGACACUCUCUUUUGCACGGAUGUCCAAGAUAUUCCCUUUGCUUAAUUUUUGAAUUUUCAUUUUCAAUUAACAUUUAACUGUAAAGUCAGAAUAACUACAAAAUAAAAGCCUUAUUAUCAUUAUGUAGUCAGAGAACGACAUAAAAUCGCUGACAUACGCAAAUCGUAUUAUUUUAAGUUGCAAUUAGUAAUUAGAUAUACGCAUUCCAAGUCCGUUUAUUUGCUUUUAAAACUUUAAUAGACGGCAAAAUGCAUGAUUUAACUAAGCAAUAUUUUCUACUGAUUUCUAUGAUUCAUGGCUCACCGAAAAACAAAUAAACUGUCGUUACUAUAAUUAAAAUAAGAUAAAAUAAAAUAAUCUUUUGUAAAUACUAUUUAUCUAAUUAAAAUCAUUUUCUCUACUUUUCAUCUCUUGUUUCGAAUGGGCACUUUUGGUCAAUUACGUUAAAAAACAUUAAUUUAAUUCAUGUCUGUGGAAACGAAAAUACAAAUUAUACAACCCUAAAUUGUGCUUGUGUGUGUCGUGGCAACGCCGCGUUUCUAUCGUCCAUAAGAAAUACAUGGCCCUAUCUCCGCAAUGUUAUUUUCUUAACGUGGAAUGUAGUAUAGUGGCUGUAAUGCCAGUGUACUCGGUAAAGUGAUUCUAAAAAAGAACACACCUACACCCUAAAUAUUUUGUGUUGGUAUCAUGUAACGUCACAGGCUAUGGCGCCGAUGACGUGCAUCGUUAUAUAAAUUAGAUGAAUUGUAGUUUAUUUUUAUUCGCUUUCUUUGAGGUCCACAUUUCGGAUGCAUAUGCAUAUACCUAAAUUUCGAUUCUACUUCCAGCAAAGUUCUAGGGCUAAAAUGGGACCUUGCGGAAACCAAAUAACAAUUUCUGUCCCCGAAAAUAAUUUCUGCCCACCAGUAGCAAAAAGAAAAAUCAUGUCUGCAUUAGCACAAUGUUUCGAUCCUCUGGGACUCAUCAAUCCGUUCAUUGUUAAAGGCAAAAUGCUUAUGCAGAAACUCAUAUCUGC